UGAAAAACAAUCGAAACUCCGUCUCGUUCAAUCACGACACGUCGUCAGCAGCGUCUGAGUUUGAUUGCCUCAACAAUUACAAACAUUGACGAGGCUUCUGGUCCUACGAGUUAUUGAUUGAUAAAUUCUAUCUCCCAAGAACUGACAUAUUCGGAUAGUCCUUGCUGGCGAGGUAGCUUUCUACUCGACCCCAGUGGCAUUGCAUUGCAACUCCUUCCACUUGUGCUGUGAUAAUAGAAAAGGAAAAAAAGUUUAUUCCUUUCCAAAUUCUCAGUACAAGAGAGAUGAGUUAAGAGAACAAAAUACGAGUCCGGUUUGACUGUUACAAUCAGUAAACGCUUGACCCACGUGGUAGUCGUUUGAUAUCGCAUUAUUUCUGAAGUUUGCCAGAGUGCGAGAGGGUAAAUUUAUCUUUUGAAGUUGACCCAGAUCCAGCGGCACUCAUGGGACAGAAAAGAUUGGUGCUUUCCACGUCUGUUCUUGCUCCUCAUAGUAUCUCAUCUGCAUCUAUUAGGGAUUGUCUCAAGCACUCUCAUCUCUUUACCGGACUCCCUCUUCAGCAGACAAAGAGAGUUCCUCUGUUUAGCUGAAAUGACGAUACUGUCCUUUCUCGGCGCAGCUUCUAGAGCUUUCAGAACGGCACCGGCUUCUUCCAAGCUACUCCUUCUCUGCACUCUCAGUGGUGGAAGUUUGGUGGCAUACUCAGACUCUAACAAAGAAAAGGAAAAUCAAAAGAAGAAAGUAGUUGUGCUGGGGACUGGAUGGGCGGGGAUAAGCUUCCUCAAAGAUCUUGAUGUAUCUUGCUACGAUGUUCAGGUUGUCUCCCCACAAAACUACUUUGCAUUUACCCCAUUGUUGCCCAGCGUCACUUGUGGAACCGUUGAAGCUAGAAGUAUUGUGGAGCCUGUCCGCAAUAUUGUUAACAAGAAGAAAGGAGAAGUUCGGUUUUGGGAAGCAGACUGUGUAAAGAUUGAUACUGCUAACCGUACGGUUCUUUGUAAGCCUGUUUUUGGGGAUGAUCCCACCGUAGACAAAGAAUUCUCGCUAGAAUAUGAUUAUCUAGUCAUAGCAGUGGGAGCACAAGUGAAUACGUUUGGAACUCCCGGUGUCCUGGAGAACUGUCAUUUUCUCAAGGAAGUGGAGGAUGCUCAGAGGAUUCGCAGAGGCGUGAUCGAUUGUUUUGAAAAGGCCGUCCUUCCUGGCCUUAGCGAGGAACAAAGGAGAACAAAGCUCCAUUUUGUAAUUGUGGGAGGAGGUCCAACUGGGGUGGAGUUUGCUGCAGAGCUACAUGACUUUAUCCGAGAAGAUAUCACCAAAAUAUACCCGACCGUCAAAGAUCACGUGAAAAUAACACUGAUCCAAUCGGGAGAUCAUAUCUUGAAUACGUUUGACGAACGGAUAAGUUCAUUUGCUGAGCAAAAAUUUCUGAGAGAUGGUAUUGAUGUUCAAACCGGGUGUCGUGUUGUUGGUGUUUCUGAUAAAGAUAUCUCAAUGAAAAUCAAAUCAACUGGAGAGGUCUGCUCGGUUCCUCAUGGAUUGAUCGUUUGGUCCACUGGUGUUGGAACCCGUCCAAUUGUCAGGGACCUUAUGGAGCAAGUUGGGCAGGGUAAAAGACGUGUUUUGGCAACUGACGAAUGGUUACGUGUGAAGGGGUGUCAGAAUGUGUAUGCAAUGGGAGAUUGUGCUACCAUCGAUCAACGUAAAAUCAUGGAGGAUAUUGCAGCAAUAUUCGAGGCUGCAGACAAGGACAAAUCGGGAACAUUGACAAGGGAAGAAUUCCAAGAUGUGGUUGAUGAUAUCCUAGUGAGAUACCCUCAGGUUGGGCUCUUCCUAAAAAGCAAGCAUCUGAUGAAUGUAACAGAUCUGUUGGCAGAUGCCGAAGGAAAUGCGAGGGAGGAAGUCGACAUCGAGGGUUUCAAAUUGGCUCUAUCAGGGGUUGACUCACAGAUGAAGAGCCUGCCUGCAACUGCUCAGGUUGCUGCGCAGCAAGGUGCAUAUCUGGCACAAUGCUUCAACCGGAUGAAGCAGUGCGAAGAGCAACCUGAAGGUCCUAUGCGCUUUAAGGAUGGCAGCCAUCACCAGUUCCGCCCGUUCCAAUACAAGCACUUUGGACAAUUUGCUCCACUAGGAGGGGAGCAGGCAGCAGCAGAACUGCCGGGGGACUGGGUUUCUGCUGGAAGAAGCACACAGUGGCUCUGGUAUUCGGUUUACGCCAGCAAGCAAGUGAGCUGGCGCACCCGGGUUCUCGUUGUCUCUGACUGGACCAGGAGGUUCAUCUUCGGCCGGGAUUCAAGCCGCAUUUGAUCCAAUAUCAACCGACUGGACUACAACACUGCUCUCUUCUGUGAAAAAACUCUCUCGCAUGGUGUCUCUGACUUGAGUUUACCAGCAGAGACAAAAUCCACAACUCCGUAUGUAUGCCUGCCACCGACAGUGACAAAAUCCUCUUCUUUCUUGCCUAUGAAUAUGUUUGGAGCAACUAAUCUAUAUAUAUAAAAGUUGGAUUUGGAGGCUUCUGGUGAAGCCACCUCAUCAUCCACCA